AUGCGGAGAGGGAACGGGGAUCAUAACGUGCUCGCGAUCGAGGCGGCGAAGAAAGCGGGCGUCGGGCGGUUCGUGUACGUGAGCGUGGCGAGCGUCGUGCCGGACGUCGUGGGCAAGACGCCGUUGAUGAGGGGGUACUUUGAGGGUAAGCGCGACGCGGAGGCGUGCUUGCGCGAGAAUUACGCGGAAGGUGAUUACUUCAUCGUGAAACCGAGCUUCAUUUACGGCGGGGAUGCGUUUUCGUUGACGCCGCCGCGAGUGACGAAGACGUACGGCGACGUCUUGGCCAAGGUGCUCGGCAGCGGACCCGUCAAGGCUUUGGCGGCGAAAGCGCCGGGACCGAUCGCGUUGACGCUCGCGGAACCGGUGAGCGUGGAAGACGUCGCGGGUGCGUGCGUGGCGGGCGCGAUGGGGACGUACAGCGCGUCCAACGUCGUCGACGGGACGGACGACAUCAAAAAAGCCGCCGCCGCCGUCGCCGCCGCGUGA